GGGGUUAAGGGGGGCGGGCCUGGAAUGUGGGGAGUGAAAGCGAAAGCCCAGGAGGCGAGCCCAGAGACCCGAGAUCUAGCCGCUGGAGCAGCAUGGCCAAGCCUUGUGGGGUGCGCCUGAGCGGGGAAGCCCGCAAACAGGUGGACGUCUUCAGGCAAAAUCUUUUCCAGGAGGCUGAGGAAUUCCUCUAUAGCUUCUUGCCACAGAAGAUCAUGCACCUGAAUCAGCUCUUGCAAGAGGACUCCCUCAAUGUGGCUGACCUGACCUCUCUCCGAGCCUCACUGGACAUCCCUAUACCAGACCCCCCACCCAAAGAUGAUGAGAUGGAAACAGAUAAGCAGGAGAAGAAAGAAGUCCCUAAGUGCGGCUUUCUCCCUGGGAAUGAGAAGCUCCUGGCCCUGCUUGCCCUGGUUAAGCCAGAAGUCUGGACUCUCAAAGAAAAAUGUAUUCUGGUGAUCGCGUGGAUCCAGCACCUGAUCCCCAAGAUUGAGGAUGGAAAUGACUUUGGGGUAGCAAUCCAGGAGAAGGUACUGGAGAGGGUGAAUGCAGUCAAGACCAAAGUAGAAGCCUUCCAGACAACCAUUUCCAAGUACUUCUCAGAGCGCGGGGAUGCUGUGGCCAAGGCCUCCAAGGAGACCCAUGUAAUGGAUUACCGGGCCUUGGUGCACGAGCGAGAUGAGGCAGCCUAUAGGGAGCUCAGGGCCAUGGUGCUGGAUCUAAGGGCCUUCUAUGCUGAGCUUUAUCAUAUCAUUAGCAGCAACCUGGAGAAAAUUGUCAACCCAAAGGGUGAAGAGAAGCCAUCUAUGUACUGACCCCAGGGCUAGAAGGGAAAUAAAUUACCAAUACUUUGUGUGGAUUA